CAGCGGACCGGCGUCUGCGUCGCUAGCAGCUGCGGACUGCGGCUGCGGUUGAUGGGCCAGUCGGCCCAACCACGCGUACCCCUUCGCCUUCCUCAGCGCGUCCUCGUCCGGCUUCCUCCGCUCGAUGCAGCAGCAGCGACUGCAGGCGGCGCUCGACAGAAAACAACACGGCUGCGACCGGAUCUCACCGGAAAAGUUGAGGAGUGGAGGGUCUUAGCUGCCGGAGUUGGGUAAUACCUCCCUAUAUCCCCUAUUGGUAGGUCCGCCGCUGCUCCAACCUCCAGGUCCAGGCACCAGGUCGCUCCUCCCUUCUCUUCCCGUCGGGUUCUUGUCCAUCGUAGAUAGCCUCUCCUUCGCCGAGGUCACCAGUUCCUCCUCGUGUCCUUCUCGCUAGUCGCUACAGUCCUCCUACUCUGCUUGGCUCGAGUGGAAUGGGGAUCCAUCCUGACCUGAGUGGUUUCUUCUUUGCUUGGUAGUCGCGCAUAUUUGGUAGCCGCGUCCGCGUGACGUCGUCGGUGCUUGGGUCCAUUCAGACAUUGUUCUUAUUUGAUCAGUACCCCUAUUUAGCGCCUGCAAGAUCGAGAUCGAUCUUACUUGACUCCAUAAGAUGUAUUGGGGAUUUGGAGUGCCUUGUACUCCAACUUAAGACUGGGAGUGAACCCGCAUACCCCAAGCCCGCCCUUCCACCGAACUGAACUAGACAUCCUCAAGCGUCAUCAAUUCUAAUGGAUGAUGCAGCAGAAAAUAUUCUUGCAUCACUUGGCCGUGUGCAUCUCGUUGAUCUAAUGGCCUCUGAGGGCCUUCCUUCUGACAGCUAUAAGAUGUGUGUGUCGACUCUGAUGCAGUCACUCGCUCAAUAUUCGGCAGCCAUCAUUCAGCUGUCACCAGCUGAUGGUGCCUUGUUGAGGUCAGGUUUGGACUCGGCUCGCUUUUUCUUCCACCAGCGAGGGUAUAAUUCAAAUGAGGCUGUACACUCGGAUGAUUCCCGUGAAUGGUGCAAGACCUCUGGUUACUAUGUUGAUUCUCAGAUGUGUCUGGAAAUGUAUGAUUACAGGCCUGGUAUUACUGCAACUGAUCCCAGCGGUGAAAUGGAAUUACCUCCAUCAGGUUUGCCUGACAUAUUUUCGGUGCUGGGUAAAGUUUCUCGAGAUAUAUUGGACGCAAUCAGUUUCUCAUUGAAUUUACGUAGCUGUGCAUUUACUGAGAUACUCGACAACAUACCCUUGAGAAGCCAGGAAGUAUCAUCUUCUGUUCUUUCAGCAUGUUGUCAUUCAAGGCCAUCGCUUGAAGGAGGACAUCAGCAUAGCAUUGCUUCUCAAGAUAAUGGUCACUUGCUCAUGUUUUCUGAGCAGGAGCAACAGAUUGAUAAGACUUUGCUUACCCUAGUUAAGUCAGAUAUGUCAGGUCUAUAUAUUAAAGACUUACAUGGACACUGGAUUCUUGUUGAUGGAGAUAUUGGUCCACAUGAUGUUAUUGUCUAUUCUGGCCUUGCACUUUAUCAGGAAACUGCUGGCUAUGUAAAUCCAGCUGUACAUAAAACAGAGGUUGGAAUACAUGGAUGUAUGUUUGGGCGAUGCUCUUUGAUGUUCAAGUUCAUGCCUAGAUCAGUUGCAAGGCUGAGUGGUUCAGAGAUGAGAGCUGCUGGCCAUGGUGUUGAUGCCCAGUUUCAGGUUCCCAUACAAGUUAAUGAUUUCAUGCAGACAGAUCGUUUUUCUGAUCAACUGUUUCCUAAGACUGAACCAUCAUUACACACAGAACAAGAUUCAGCAUCAUUCAACUCCGUGAUGAAUAAAAAGAAGGGAAAUACAAGAACAAAGCCGCUCCCUCCUUCUAAAAGACUUCGCCAAGAAGCACAGAGGGUCCUGAAGGAGCGUGUUCAGGACAUUGCAGAUAAGAAAGGCGUCAAGCUGAGAUUUUGCAAUCUCAAGGAAUGUGAAAGCCACAUCCUGUCAUUGGAUAGUCCAUGUGAGAACACGAGAACUGAAAUUGGAUGGCCACAAGGGGUUCCGUUUGUCCAUCCACAUGACCUCCCAAACAAGGCAAAGCUUGGGUUUUUGGAAGCUUACGAACCUGGAUGGACGGCCUCCCAACAAGAAAUGGAGGUUGGACAACUGCUUGCGACAUUGUGAACCUCAUCCUGAUCAUUCCAGCCUGUUCUCAAACCAAAUUGUUCUACCAGUCCAUUGCACCCUAGCAAAGUCUGAAAUUUGUGUUGAUUCAGCCUUGUGCUCUGCCCUGGAGUAUCAGUCACUCCAAAAAAAAACUGACUUGGAUGGCACCUAGCCUUCUAAAUGACAUUCGUAAAAGUGUGCUGACCCAAGAUUGUCUAAUUCAAGGUUAGUUUUGGAACCCCAUUUUCCCAAGGGAUUUCUAUUUUCCCAAGAAAAUUUAGUUCAAAAUGAAAAUCCAUUAAGAAAAUAGAGUUCCCAAACUAGUCCUCAGAGUGAUUUUGUUCUGCGCUAAUAUAUCGCAGUGCGCAGUGGCCCUGAGCUUUCCCUUGAGUUCAAUAUUGUAGCAGCAGCUGUUUUAAAGUCACUCUCGUGGUUGUGUUUCAUGUGGAGUCGCAGUUUGCCACGAUUUCUUAAACAAUCAAGCCAUCGAGACUCUAGAGGUCCGGUUGCACUGCUGUGGAGCCAGCCUCAGUAAAUUUUGAUGUAUUACCAACCUUGGAUAUGUUUUGAAUUUCGGGGCUGGUCAUCAAUUCAUUCCUUCAACAUGUUGCAGAAGCAGUAAUGUAUACUGACGCCAAAUAAUUUGUAUACAUAGAUGUAGUAUUUGAGAACGUGUAAAUGCGACUACCCGCUGCUUAGAUUGAAAGUUAGAUUAUAUAAUCUGGGUAGAUUAUAAUCCUAAACAAACAGGCCUUUAAUCCAUAAUGCAUUAUACGGAAAUGUUUGUAAUAUACUUCGCAAGUUCGCAUCAACAAUGACAAUGCUGAUGUGGAGAUGUUUAGAAGGAGAUGGAGAAAACACAAUUAAAAGUCAAGCAAUAAGAGCAACAAGAAAAGACACAAGAUCA